AUGAGCGCCCCCCCGCCCUCGCCCGCCGGAUACCCCCCUCCGCCGGCGCACGCCAAACAGCCCCUCGAAGAGCCACCCCCCGCCCAGCAGAGCACAGCUGCCAGCCCGCCCCCGCCGCCGAACAACCUGCCCCCAGGCGUGAUUGCGCUCAUCAUCAUCGUCCCCGUCCUGGCCGCACUGCUCACGGUGCUCUACUGGCGCAGGAAGGUCCACCGCCGCACCCACCUCUACGCAAGCCGGAUCAGCCAGCCAGACCCCCACAACCCCAACGCCCCCCACCGCCCCGGCGCUCCCAGGUUCAUCAUCCCCCCGGGUGGCACCGGCGCCGAUCGCCCCGAGGGCCAGCGCAGAGCCGACCGCAUGUGGAGGCUCAUGAACGGAAUCAACCGCCGCCCCUCCCGAUCCGACAGCGUCCGCACCCUCCGCCGACCCCCAGGACACCGAGAUGACCCUUGCCCGAGCCCAGCGGGGCACAGACCCCCAGCCGUCCCGCCGCCGAACUACGAGAGCUCCACGCGGACCCCCGCCCAAUCCUCAUCCACCCUCCCCGCCGGCCCCUCGUCCGCACAACUCCCGCCCCUCCAGCCGCUCCCCGCCCUGGGCGCCUCCUUCGACACACAGACCGAGCCCUCCCGAGCCGCCCUCAUCCCUCCCCCGCCCCCCCCGCCACAGCUCCCACGCCUCACUCUGCCCUCCCACGGCCCCACGCCCCAGCAGCUCAGCUUCCUCGGCUCCGUCGCAACCCUCGCCUCCCUCGGCCUCCCCCGCCCCCCCGACCCGCAUCCCGACACCAGCGCACCCCCGCCCGCCUUCGAGGCCCAUCCGUCUGCGAACACUCUUCCCCGCUGA